AAAAACAAUAAAAACUUUUUCGACGGAAACAUUGAAGUAAGAUCCUUUUUGACAGACAAGAUAUUAAAAAUAUAAUAAACCACUAAACAUAGACCAACAUGGCAUUCAAACGCACGUCCCGUCCAGAUGUGACAAGUGCCGCGAAAAUGGGAUAAAUUACUUAUUUUAUUUUGUGCAAAUAAUACCUCAUACAAAGAUGGCACCAUCUCGGUCAAUCGGUGCACAGCCAUCCCGGCACAGUUCAGAUAACUCCAAACCACUCUUUAUGUCCGCAUCUCCCAAAGAGUAUAAGAAAUGGACGAAACCACAUCAGGAGCGGGCCAGCACGUCGAACAGCAAGAACACGCGGGACAUGAGUCGGGUGGUGACGCGCGACUGGACGCGCCCGCCGCCCAGCACGCCGGGCGACAACAUGCGCCCGCCCGAGGACGUGCGCUUCCAGAGGGUCUCCGUCACCGGGAUACACGUCACGGGAGUGCCCCUUGAGGAGCUGAUCCGCGCGGCGACCCUGCUGCUGGAGGCGCUCACGUUCCGCCAGCACUACAUGCACGCGUCCAACCAGAGCUUCUCGCCACUCCUGGACAUGUACCUCAGCAAACAGAAGAAGCGCGAAAAGUAUUCUUCCUACAAGCUCGCCACCGUAGACUACACAGAUCCUUCAUCCGUCAAUUUGGACAAUUCAGGUAUGUUCACGGAGCGGUACAUGCAGCUGAGGACGUACUCCUCGGACGAGCUGCUGAGGUCCCUGGCGCAUGAAAGUCAUCACAACUCCAUCUCCAGAUCGCUUUCGAGCAGAGGGACUCCGCUGAAAUCUGCGGACGCUUUGCGAGGCGUCGCUGAAAGCUACGAGGAACUGCCGACGAUCGCUGACGGCGUUAUGUACCUGGACCCGUGGGGAUGCCCGAACCCCCCGGACCGGCACUACCGGCACAUGUGGCACGAGGGCGUGAUGCUGCUCUACCGCAACCAGGUCGACCUGGAGGCGUCGCGGCCGCUGCCCUACGAGUACGUGCCCUUCAAGCAGUACGUGGAGGACCUCAACCAUCUCCAGUCCAUGAUCUCCGAUGGACCACUCAGGUCAUUUUGUUUCCGGCGAUUGUCAUAUCUGUCGUCGAAGUUCAAGAUGCAUGUGUUGCUGAACGAGCUGCACGAGCUGGCGCUGCAGAAGGCCGUGCCGCACAGGGACUUCUAUAACGUCAAAAAAGUGGACACUCACAUCCACGCAGCUUCCUGCAUGAAUCAGAAACAUCUGCUGCGUUAUAUAAAGCGCACGCUGCGGACGCAGGCGGAUGAGGUGGUGACCCUGCACGACGGCAUCCCCAUGACGCUCAAAACCGUAUUCGAAGAUAUGCAGCUGGAAGCCUACGACCUCAAUGUGGAUAUUUUGGAUGUCCAUGCGGACCGCAAUACGUUCCAUCGCUUCGACAAAUUCAACGCUAAGUACAACCCUGUCGGUGAGAGCAGACUGAGGGAGGUGUUCCUCAAGACAGACAACUAUAUGAACGGGAAGUACUUCGCUGGUAUCAUUAAAGAGGUGAUGGCUGAACUUCAGGAGAGCAGGUACACAUACGCGGAGCCUCGGAUUUCUAUCUACUGCAAGCGACAGAACGAGUGGAACAAGCUGGCCUCGUGGGCGCUGAGGCAUGACGUGCACUCGCCGCACAUCCGGUGGCUGGUACAGGUGCCCAGGCUUUAUGAUAUCUACCGGUUCAAGAAGUUGUUGAAGAACUUCCAGGAGUUCUUGACGAACCUGUUCGAGCCGCUCUUCCUCGUCUCCAUAAACCCGAGCUCCAACCCUGAUCUGCACAAAUUUCUAACGCACGUGAUCGGCUUCGACAGUGUGGACGACGAGUCGAAGCCGGAGAACCCUAUCUUGGUGGAGAGCAUGAAGUCACCGGAAAAGUGGGAUGAUGAGGAGAAUCCGCCCUACGCCUACUACCUGUACUAUAUGUACGCCAACAUGACCAUUCUCAAUCACAUCAGAAAAGAGCAAGGCUUAAAUACGUUUGUGCUUCGUCCCCAUUGUGGCGAGGCGGGACCAGCCACGCAUCUCAGCGCCGGUUUCCUGCUCUCUGAGAAUAUUUCUCACGGGCUGAUGUUAAGGAAGGUCCCGGUGCUGCAGUACAUGUACUACCUGGCACAGAUCUACAUCGCGAUGUCCCCGCUCAGCAACAACUCGCUGUUCCUGCGCUACCACCGCAACCCGCUGCCGGACUUCUUCGCGCGCGGCCUGCGGGUCACGCUCAGUACUGACGACCCGCUGCAGUUCCAUUUUACUAAGGAGCCGCUGAUGGAGGAGUAUAGUAUCGCAGCGCAGGCGUGGAAGUUAAGCUCAUGUGACAUGUGCGAGUUGGCCAGGAACUCCGUGCUUAUGUCCGGGUUCCCGCACGAGAUGAAGCAGCACUGGCUGGGGCCGGAGUACCUGAACGAGGGUCCGGAGGGCAACGACAUCACGCAGACCAACGUGCCCGACGUGCGCAUCUCAUACCGCCACGAGACGCUCAUGGACGAGCUGGGGAACCUCUUCAGGGCUCCAGUCUAGCACGACGAGGGGAAAACAUUUAUAAAACAUCUGUAAAUUGAAUAUUUAGGUCCAGUAUACACAAUAGUCGCGGCACUAUCCUAUUAUCAAUGUACA